UACGGCAGGGCCCCGCGCCGCCUCACUGCAGCCUGGUCCGAGCCGUCCCGCCGGACCCGUGUGGGCUCCGGGCCUCAGGGAUGAGGCCGACUUGGGCCCUACGGAAAGACAGACCCCAACUCAGACCAGUGUGACUCUAGCUACAGUGAAAUAAAUACGGUCUUAAAGCCUGCAGCGACCCUGUGGUAGGAAUCCGUGGGAAGGAGCGGUUUAUUUCCGCUUGGGAAAUUCACAACUUCGUAGAAGAGAGAACAUUUGAUCUCGGCCUUGAAGAAAAAGGAUUCUAGCGAUAGAAACCUCCUCUAGUCAUUCAAAUAUUAGAGUAUAUGCCACAGCCAGCACUGUCUGACUCUGUGGUCCUGAGGAUACCGACGUUAGCCAAGCAGGUGCAAUCCUGGACCUCCCAAAACUCACAGUCUAGUGGGGAAACAGCAAUCCCUGUGGCCCGAGUGAGGCUUGGCUCUGCCGGUGGGCAAUGCCAUUGUGUGUUGCUGUUUCAGUCCAUGCUAGUUCGUCAAAACCAACGCAACUGAAUUCUGGAAAAAGUUAAUUACUGUUUAGCUCAAGCAGCUGGGGUGAGUCCUGCUUCAGGGCAGACUCCAAGAGGCUUCUGGCUUCAGUUAAAUCAAUCCUCUAUUCUGGGAGCAUUUGUAGUGUAACAUCACUACAGCCCAGCAAAAUCUGAGAGUGACCUGAGCUGUUUAUGUGGUUGAUGAAGACUCAGAGGAUUUCAAGCUGAGGUUUAAUAGGAGAGACCCCAAAAGAGCUUGCUUUUUGUUGAGUAGUCUACUGGAAGGAGAGUCCGAUGUUCAUUUAGCAAAUGUUUUGUGAGGGCCUCCUGUGUGUUACCCUUAACGUUGGUCUUACCAUAACUCAUGAAAAAUAGGUAGUUGGUUAGCCUUCCAUCUUUGUUCUCUCAUUUGAAGCAAGGGGAAUGGGUGUUGUUUCUGCCUUUGACAGUUCCCCAUUUGGAAAGAGAAAACUUAAAUUUCCUAUUCUUAUAUGAACCUAGGCAAGAUAUUUAACCUCUCAAAGCCUCAGUUCCUCAUCUGUAAAGUGGGAAUACUAAUAAUACCUACCUGCUAGGAUUGUUGUGAGGAUUAAAUGAUAAUAUAUGUAAAGCACUAAGAACAAUAUCUAGCAUACAGUAAGUACUAAAUAAGUACUUAUUUUUAUUAUUAAGUACUGAGAGCCGCGGGGAAACCUCUUAAAUACCUGCAGUCCAUUUUUCCUUCCAUUUUGUUCUUGGUCUUUCAGUGCUUUCCUGGCCUUGCUUCCUUCCCUCCCUAUGCUGGCUCCGUCUGGACCACUCAAUUCCCAGCACCCCCAAUUCUCUUGCACCCAAUAGCAUAUAUUGCCCCAGAAAAUACAGCCCUUGGUGCUGUGAUCUGCUUCCCUCUGCCCCUUCAUUCCUCUGGGUGUGUGUGUGUGCUUGCUUGCCCACGGACACUAGUAGGGAAAGCCACGAUGCUCUUUGGCCCACUGCAGAUUCCCCAAACUCUCUGGGCUGGGGCCCCUCACCCUCCACCCCGCCCCAGCAACUUUUUUCAAUCUCACAUUUGCUUCUCCCCUUGCCUUCAGAAACUUUCCCCAAACCUAACUCUUCCUCAAGUCCUCUGUCCAACCACUUCCUCUUUUACUUCCAGGAGACAAGCUCACCUCCUACUUUUUAAAAUUUGAAGUCAAUAACAUGAUCUCUCUUAACUCCCUCCCCACCCCUGAAGCCACUACACAUAGACUUAUCUAUAUAAACACUCAGCUUCACCUACCACUUGCCAAAUCCAGUGGUGGUUUUCAGGUCUUAUCUUUCUGGACCUUUCUGCUGCAUUAGACGCUAGUGAUCACUCUCUCUUUCCUGAAACUCUACUCCCUUGGCUUUUGUGGCAUGAUUCUCUCUCAGUUCUCCACAUACUUCUCCAGGCUUUCACUUCCUCUUUCACGAAUUCUUCUUCCUCUGCCUGCCCUUUAAAGGUGGUGUUUGAGGAACCUUAUCCUCACACAUUGCUUUGUUCACUCAACAAACUCUUUCAUUUUAGGGAGACUCCUAAUCCUUUUCUGUGAGAUUUAGUAUUUGAGGAGAGCUCUGGCUAGCCGGGUGUCCCAGAUAUCCCACAGUCACUGCAGAUACUACAUACCAAAAUCAUUGUCACCAUCCUCUCUAUAAACCCACUCCCCCUUCUGCAUUUUCUUCCUCAGCUGGCAGCACUGCAAUCAUCCAGUCACCUAGUUUAGUUGCCAGUAGCUCUUCCCGACUCUUUCUUGUCCUGAGUCAAAACAUCUAUUUAAUCACCAAAUCCACCUUUUUUGCCUAGUAUUUCUUGAACCAGUCCCAUCUUCUCAUCCUGACCAGCACUGUCCUUGUUCAUUUUCUUCUAUUUCCUUUCCUGGGCUAUUGCAACAGCCUCCUGACAGGUCUUCCUCCAUUUCUGAUCUUGUCACUCUUGGACCUAUAGUCCAUGCCAGUCUCUGGAGUGACCUGUCAAAAACGUGAGUCUCAUCAUGUCCCACCUGCUUCAGACUUUGGUGGUUCCCCAUCACCAACAGGGCUGACCAGGCCCUCCAAGGUUGCCCUCUCAAGCUUUAUCCCUCACCACUUCUGUGUUACCCUUUAUUUUCAUUAGAACUGAAGUGCUUGUAGGCCUCAGUAAACCCCAGGCCCCACCACGCCCAGGCUGCCUUAGUGACUCCUGCUCAUUCUUUAAGGCUCAGACCAGGCCUGUCAACAAGUCUUUCCAACCUCCCCACAAUACACCAGUCACUGCUCUGCCCUUGCACAUCAGCACUGUUACGUGAGCAUUUUCCCCAGUAGACUGUGACCUGGAGGGCUGGCACCAUGUCUGUUCAUAUAGGUCCCCUAAGAGCUCACAGUCUAGUGAGGGAGACAACCAUUCAUCAAAUAAUCAUGUAAAUGGUUAUGUAAUUAAAAUUGCCCUGGUACAUACCAGUCUAACAAGCACACAUUUUUUGAGUGCCUACUUUAUGCCAGGCUCUAUGUCAGACACUGGGAGAGCAUCAGUGAACAAAAAACAAAUGCUCUAUGUUCACAGAGCUCACAGUUUAUCCAGGAGGAUAGAUACGAACAGGUAAUUAUAAAUCUAAAGGACAGUAAAUGUUAAAGAAGAGAAAGUGCAGGUGCCCAUGAGCAGGGGAGCCAACCUACAUCUGAAGGAAGUGACAUGUAAACAUAGCCAGUCCUCCGAAGCCUUGGAGUUCAUGAAGCGGGACCUGACAGAGUUCACCCAGGUGGUGCAGCACGACACAGCCUGCACCAUUGCAGCCACUGCCAGCGUGGUCAAGGAGAAGCUGGCUACUGAAGGCUCCUCGGGAGCAACGGAAAAAAUGAAGAAAGGGCUGUCUGACUUCCUAGGGGUGAUCUCCGACACCUUUGCACCCUCACCAGACAAAACCAUUGACUGCGAUGUCAUCACCCUGAUGGGCACACCCUCUGGCACGGCUGAGCCCUAUGAUGGCACCAAGGCUCGCCUUUAUAGCCUGCAGUCAGACCCAGCAACCUACUGCAAUGAACCAGAUGGGCCCCUGGAGUUGUUUGACACCUGGCUUUCCCAGUUCUGCUUGGAGGAGAAGAAGGGGGAGAUCUCAGAGCUCCUUGUAGGCAGCCCCUCCAUCCGGGCCCUCUACACCAAGAUGGUGCCUGCAGCUGUUUCCCAUUCAGAAUUCUGGCAGCGGUAUUUCUAUAAAGUCCAUCAACUAGAGCAGGAGCAGGCCCGGAGGGAUGCCCUGAAGCAGCGUGCAGAACAGAGCAUCUCUGAAGAGCCUGGCUGGGAGGAGGAAGAAGAGGAGCUUGUGGGCAUUUCACCCACAUCUCCAAAAGAGGCCAAGGUUCCUGUGGCCAAAACUUCCACAUCCCUUGAAGGAGGACCUGGCCCCCGGAGUCCCUGUGAAGAGAAUCUGGUGACCCCGGUUGAGGCUCCAACAGAGGUGACUCCAUCGGAGAGCAGUGAGAGCAUCUCCCUCGUGACACAGAUUGCCAAACCCACCCCAGCAUCUGAGGCACCAGUGCUGCCCAAGGACCUGUCCCAAAAGCUUCUAGAGGCAUCUUUGGAGGAACAGGACCUGGCUGUGGAUGUGGGCGAGACUGAACCCCCACCCCUAGCUCAGUCCAAGCCCCACACCCCUGCUGGCCGCCCCAGCGGUCCAGAGCCCCGGCCUCCAGCCAGAGUAGAGACUCUCAGGGAGGAGGUACUCACAGACUUACGGGUGUUUGAGCUGAAUUCAGACAGCGGGAAGUCUACACCCUCCAAUGGAAAAAAAGGCUCAAGCACAGACAUCAGUGAGGACUGGGAGAAGGACUUUGACUUGGACAUGACUGAAGAAGAAGUGCAGAUGGCACUUUCGAAAGUGGAUGCUUCCGGUGAGGUGAGUCGGCCUGGUUGGCCACAGGGAGGCAAGCACAAUGAUUCCGGGUCUGAGGACUCUCCCUGCCAAGCCCGACUGUCCCUGCAAGGUGGAUCCCACUCCUAUCUGAGGUGGCAGGCUGCGGGAAGGAAGCUAGGGCCUCCCACUCAGGCCCUGAACAGUAGUCAUUAGCAGGGUCCGCUUCCCCUCAGUUCCAGGGGGAUGGAUGGGGGAGUUCUUGACCUUAGCUCCUAUCAGAAUCACCUGAGGAACUACUAAAAAAUACAGAUGCCAGGGCUUCCCUGGUGGCGCAGUGGUUGAGAGUCUGCCUGCUG